UUAGAAUUGGCGUGUUGCACUGAUUAUUCCUUGCUCUAUCAUACGCUUUUACAAGGCUCACAAUAUGACGAACUGAUGAUUAUAAGUGGAAAUGGAUUUGGAGAGAUAUUGAUUUGGCAGCCUCGCGAUCCCAUUAUCACUUGGCUUCCGGAUUGAUGGUGACUGCCUCCGAUGAUCGAUCUUUAAAGUUUUGGCAAUUUCCGGACGAGAAACAGCAUGCAAAAGAAGCCGUUAGACCAUUGUUCAGUUGUUUUGGACACACUUCACGUGUUAUGUGUGCUAUUAUCAUAGAAUAUGGAGGACGAAUCUUUGUUAUAAGCGGAGGAGAAGAUUCAUACAUUUGUGUUUGGAGUCAAGCGGGAGACAUGCUAUUCAAGCGGCGCCAACAGCUUGGCGCUUCCAUAUGGCGAUUAGGUUUUGACUCUGACAGCUGCACAGUCUACACCACCGGCUCCACAGGUAACCUUGCUUCCUAUAAUCUACACAAUGUUCUAAUGGAUAAGCAAACGGAAUUAACACGAUUGAUGCCAAAGAUUUCCGUAACUGAGUUUUUCAAACAAAUUAAAUAUUUGGACUGCAGCUCUUCAUCAAUCAUUGGAUUAAGUAGCAAGAAUCGCUUGUUUUACACAACACAAUCGACAUGGACAACGAAUAGCAUUGAUGUUUGGAAAUUGGUUGAAAUUGAUAUUUCCCCCUAUAAAAUUACAAGCUUAACUGCAAGUGAUGGAAUUGCGGCAAUUUGUGGCUAUCGACGCGUUACACUUCUCAGAUAUAACGCCGAAACGGAUCACUUUGAAAAACUCUACGACAAUGGCACAAUUCUUGAGGGUCUGAUCAAAUCAUUUCAUUUUUUAAAUCAACACAAAUAUCUCAUCUCUGACGAAUUUGGCAACAGUCGCUUACUUUCGUUGGAAACAAGUACAAAUUCAAUGCAAAUUGAAGGCAGUUUUCGAAUUUCGAAUGGUCGUGAACCAUGGAUAACAGCCGCAUUGCUUGUGGCAUCGAAAUAUUUAUUGUUAAGCACCCGCAACGGACAUGUUAUGCUCUAUACGCCACAGAACGAGUCGGAAUCACAUCUUUAUGAAUUAAAAGAUACUCUUAAAUCCUUGCAUGGCAACAUGGGCUCGAAUACCUUCAAGUUGUUGAAUAGUGAUGACCACUCCGCGCACAUCCUCAGCGUCGGACACGAGCCAAUUAUAAAAGUUUUGCGCAUAUGCUUGAUCAACAGUAAAUUAAGCAUACUGCGACGAGAGUGCGUCCCCUUGGCAUGGGUGGAAGCAUCGCCCAGACUAGAUGUAUUGAUUGGAUUCAAUGACAAUCACCUUGUGGCAUGGUCCCGUCAAAACGAUGUGCUAUUGCAGCUGGAGUGCGGUGGUGGCCAUCGAUGCUGGGAUUAUCAACUGACAGGCAAUCAACUAAAUAUUAUAUAUAUCAAGCAAAAGCAGGUCUAUUGCCACACCCAGCCACUUUACAAUGACUCACCUGAGCACUUACUGUCCUCGACGUCACAAAGUCGAUGGCACAAACGCAGUUGCAACAUCAUGGCACUUAUACAUCCCAAGGAUGACCGACCAUUAUAUAUGCUAUCGGCUGGCGAUGAUAAUACCAUUAAAAUCAAUCAAUUUUGCGGGGAUUCCCCUAUGCAAAUAGCUGAACUGCAUACGCACAUUUCAAGCGUACGACAUCUAGCAUUAUAUCCUAUCACAGAGGACAUUGAUUGGCUUAUAUUUUCUGUUGGAGGGCGAUCGCAGUUGUGCAUCAAUCGACUCAACUUAAACGGUCCAAUAAUUAGUGAAUUAUGUUCUCAUAUUAUUCGAACAAAUACUAAUUCCGUUGAUGCCCGACUGAUGGCAAUUCAAGUUUUGCGAAAGACUGCAACAAAUGGAUCAUUUUCUUUAUACUUGGCGAGUGCGGAUGGAAAAGUUCGUUUACUUCGCUGGCAUCUGGAAAACCCUUCAGAAAUACACGUGGAACAUCUAAUCGACGUUGAACGUUGUCCUCUUCAGUUGCAAUUGGAUAAUGCCAAUAACCUGUUGCUAAUUACAACCACAAAUGGCAUGCUUUAUGGAUUCGAUCUAAGUCUUCGAUUGAAACAGUUUCAGCAUCAGCUGCACACAGCUGGAAUCAAUUCAUUACGUGCCGUAGUCGACGAUAACUUUGUGCACGUCUUAUCCGGCGGCGACGAUGAAAAUUUAAAGUAUACAAAAAUUAAAUUAACUGAUAUGAGUACAAAACUAAUUGCCGAAUUCCCCCACUUGCAUAAUGCCCAAAUUAACGCUUUAACUCCUCUAUUUGUAUGUCAAAACGAACUCUCUGCCUACACGUGUAGCGAUGACAAGCAAAUAUUUAAAGUGAACUUAAGUACUAGGAAAUGCACUCGGAUUGGUUUCACUUGUAUUUCUGAUAUAAAAGGCAUGCUGCUCUCUGACAACAACACAAAUAUGUAUAUUUAUGGUUCCGGUCUGCAUGUUUUGUCUCUGGAUAAAACUGAUUGUUGAAUAAUAAUAACGUUUCACUAUACCAAAGCAAUAAUGAAGAUUUGUCACAAUGAAUAUAAUUUAGUUGUAAUAUUGCUAUAAGCUAUGUUUUCACAUACCUGUGUCACAUUGUUAUUAUUUAUCUUUAUCUAGUUAGUAUAAUAUAAUAUAUAGUAUAAGUAAUCCUCAAUAUUAAUUACGUACAUCGAGCGAUCUUCUCUUUGGUACAAUUUUUAAACUAAAAGGUAAUCGCGUGAAGCGAUUUCUGAGUCUAGUUUUAUUAGGCUGACUGCUAUAAUUUCGCGUGUUCCUUUAAGUGAAUACACUAAAUUGAGAGUAUCAAGGAUACUUUGUAGAUUCUCAGACAUUCCGCUAAACUCUGGUAUGAGUGAAGAGGCUAAUUUAAGAAAUUCUAUUUGUGACAUGGCCAUAUUUGGAUUUUAACUUCAGUAAUAUACUCUGAUUCAGAAUCAGAUAGUUCGGUUAGUGUGAUUACUCCUGAUAUCGUAAGAUCGCCUAGAUCUUCUUCUUCUAUACGUUUAUUUGAACCGUUUGCGAUUUCAGAUUCACUUACUGCCUCUAAGUCUUUGUUUGUUUCUUCUUCGACUAACACUGGAUUGCUCAAAAUCGAAGGUAUAGUUAUGUCUAGCGAAUAUUUUGAUUUUAUGCUAUUUAAGUUUGUUUUUAAUCUAUGAAGGAAUAUUGAUACAUACGACCAAUGGUUAGUGUUAAACUUUUCUUUAUUGUCGUGUAUCAGGGAACGAGCUUGGUAAAAACAUACAACUUGUAUUGUUGCGUGUCUACUUAUAGUCUCGUUUGAAAUAUUCCUAUUUUGUGCUAGACACUUGUAUGAUUUAUCAAAAUUUUCUUUUAUUCUUAUUAAUGCGGCAUUCAUAUUGUGCCAUUCCAUUUUAUUGUAAAAUAAAUUAUUCAAAUGUGCAAGCAUAACAUAUAUAAAUUUCCAAUCAAAUGGACUUAUUUUUGAGCUAUUUAUUUUUAUUUUGUUUACGAUCUUUGUUCCUGUUUACUAUACAUUUGUUUUAAAUUUUAUUUAGGUCAUUUGCCUGGCUUUGGUAACGCUUUUAAUGCAUAUGUCGGAAGCCGAGCUAUUUCAUCUUUUGUCAAUCAACUUUUAUAAUUGAUACGGCAGCACAGGGAGUUCCGCUUACACUCGUUACCAAAACUAGACUAACUCUACUCUCAUCGAUCAUCAUGCUCAACACUGCUCUCCCAGCAUUCUCUCUCUCAAGCUGAGCCUAUAUCGUCAUCUCUUUCUAUCUCACGACAUUCGGUAACUCGUCAAUGGACCUCACUCACCAGCAGAGACUGCCACCGCUGCUAUGCUGCUAUGCCUUUCGCAUGAAUUCUGUACUUCCCUGAACAACUACAUUUGCUGCGGCACCAAGAUCUGGUGAGCCAGUUUGAACAACGUUGUUAUAGCAAAAGCCAGAAGAGUCACACAAAUUGAAGAAUUUCACUUCCCAUUUGUGUGGUUUGUCUGGUAAGUAUUGUCUAAGAAAGGUCUUCAUCUUCGUUGCACAAAUUUGCUCAUCCACAGAUAAGCGUUGGCGCAUCGGAACUAAUUGAAACUUGUCAUUGAAAUGAUUCAGGAGUGGCCGUAUUUUGUAUAAAGAAUCGUGGUCGACAGAAUCCUUGGAGGGCAACUUACUGUUAUCAUUAAAAUGAAAAUCUUCUCGUAUUUGUUCAAAGCGAUUUCUUGACAUUGUGUUUUAUAUUGUUUCAAAUGCGUACUCUCCCUCCAGUAUGUACAAGCAUUUGGGUAGCGAAAAACUGACAUCAAAAAUAGAAUGCCAAUAAAUUGUCGAAUUUCUAAAUUUGUUGUGGAAAACGAAGUAUUGACAUCCUUUUGGGUGAUAUGUUCAAUAAUAGUAUCAGUCAGAUUUUUAAGUUCUCCGAGGUCAGGCUCAUUAAAGGAUAUUGCUGAUUUAUCCAUGACUAGGUUCGUUUGGCGCCACAACAUCUUUUUGAAAAGCGGUACUUUUGGGUCGAUAGUCCAAACAGAUCCACAUUCAGCUAUUGUGCUUUCUUUAACAUGAUCAGUGUUAUGCUCAGCAGCAGCUUUACGUUUGCGUUUCUGUGCUUGAGGUGAAUUGGACGCAAUCGAACUUGAGGGUGACAACAAUUUUGCAAAAGGAGUAGAACUUCCGCUUGAAGUUACACAAACCUUUCUAGCCAACAUAGAAUCCGACAUAUGUAGCACUUUUUCAAUCGCUUCUUCAUCUUCCUCAUUGAUAGGAAAUGCUGCCCCGCAAACAUCAUUAGUCAAAUCGUUCUCCAAUUCUUCUUCUCCAUCCGUAUCAAUGUUAAAAUCAAUAGAAUUUAAUAAUUUUUCAAUCUCCACGUCGGAAAGAGCUGAUAGCUUAUUCACUCGUCGUUCCGUUCCAUGUCUACUGAAGCAAUUAUUUGUGCUU